GCAUAUGACGGACCACAGCCUUACGAUUACGAGCCUGCUAGGCGUCCAAGAGAACAGGCACAGACCAGGGUUACAAGGAAUAACGGUCAGAGGAGAGAAAUUGAGUUGGUGUGAGGAGAACCAGUGGAGAACUGGGCAGGUGUCUUGCGGCUGAUUUCUGACAGCUCACACAGUGGGCCAGGAUUAAGGUGUUAAGAUCACACGUAUGUGAUUAGAAUGUUCCUGAAUCGAACAUUCUAAUGCUGGCUUAACAAUAACGGCAGCAGUGAAGUUCUAGAACACUGACUUAGAAUUCUGAAGAAAAAAAAACACUUCAAAAAAACCUCCACUCUUCAGAGGGUUAUUCUCUGCUCUCUGGGUCAAACUCUCGCCUCGCUGAUAAAAGAGGUGGGAUGGGCAGGCCUGUGAAGUGGUGCACUUUUCUGCUUGUCUCCACUAACCCAAAACUGCAUCACACAGUUUAUUUUUAUCAGGGAUGUUAAAGGAAAUGUAAAUGUUUGUCUCUGCAUGUCAUCCAAACACAGACCAGAACUCCAGAACUCCAGCACGCUGGACGGUCGGUGAUAAAUUGGGGUGGUAAUAAACUAGAGUUCCCAGAGCAGGAUCAGCUCAGCCCUUAAAAGAACUUCCUUUCUUUUAAAAAAAAAAAAACCCUCACAGAAUGUUCUUAAAAAGAACCCUCACAGAAUGUUCCUAAGAGAACCCUCACAGAAUGUUUUUAAAAAGAACCCUUACAGAACGUUCCUAAGAGAACCCUCGCAGAAUGUUUUUAAAAAGAACCCUUACAGAACGUUCUUAAAAAACCCUCACAGAAUAUUCUUAAGAGAACGCUCACAGAACGUUCUUAAAAAAACCCUCACAGAACAUUCUUAAGAGAACGCUCACAGAACGUUCUUAAAAUAACUUCUCACAGAACUCCUCUCCUUCCAUCCCAUGCAGACCUUUAACUGAGGGCACAGCUCUGCGAAAGGCUUCAGUGAGACGAGCAAGCGCGCAGAAUAAAUCAGACUCUGGUCAGGAUUCAAUGAUACAACAUCGCCCCUGCGGUCUUUCAUGAAUAUACAGCCAAAUUAGACCUUGGCCGAGCUCAAAGUGUUCAGUGUCCAAAAGAUAAACACUACAUCGCUCCAACAUAUUUCUGCGUCAUUGGGGAAAACUGUGUGCGCCCACGGUGUUGUUGAGAUGCACUAACUCCUAAGGAGUAUUUCUGCACUUUAGAGGUGUUCUAGCCUUUAAUUCAUUAAAGGGUGUCCACAGUUGUUCCUAGAUAAGAUGCUGGAUAGUUUAUCUGACAGUCAACCCAUUUUCACUUGUGUCUCCAGGCUUAGGCAUGAUUGAAGUUCAUUGGAAAAAAAACGAACAAAAGCGACAUGAUUUAAAAUGAAAAUUGCAAUGUGUUUACUUGGAGGUACAAAGGAAACAUCAAGUCAAUGCCCGUGACAAGGAUCUUUUUUUCAUUUCCUUUGCAUUUUCUUCCACUCGGGAAUGGCCAGCUUGAAUCCGUAGGCCUGUGGAGCUUCUGCUGCAUCUCCUGCCAAUUCGGCAUGGUACAGACAAGCACACGCUCUCCCUACAAAGCACACACUCUCCCUACAAAGCACACACUCUCCCUACAAAGCACACGCUCUCCCUACAAAGCACACUCUCCCUGCAAAGCACACUCUCCCUGCAAAGCACACACUCUCCCUACAAAGCACACACUCUCCCUACAAAGCACACGCUCUCCCUACAAAGCACACGCUCUCCCUACAAAGCACACGCUCUCCCUACAAAGCACACGCUCUCCCUACAAAGCACACGCUCUCCCUACAAAGCACACGCUCUCCCUACAAAGCACACUCUCCCUGCAAAGCACACUCUCCCUGCAAAGCACACGCUCUCCCUACAAAGCACACGCUCUCCCUACAAAGCACACACGCUCCCUACAAAGCACACGCUCUCCCUACAAAGCACACGCUCUCCCUACACAGCACACACUCUCCCUACAAAGCACACGCUCUCCUACAAAGCACACACUCUCCCUACAAAGCACACGCUCUCCCUACAAAGCACACGCUCUCCUACAAAGCACACGCUCUCCUACAAAGCACACGCUCUCCUACAAAGCACACGCUCUCCCUACAAAGCACACACUCUCCCUACAAAGCACACGCUCUCCCUACAAAGCACACACUCUCCCUACAAAGCACACACUCUCCCUACAAAGCACACGCUCUCCCUACAAAGCACACGCUCUCCCUACAAAGCACACACUCUCCUGCAAAGCACACACUCUUCUGCGAAGCACACACUUCCAGUCUGCUUGUUUUAACUCUUUGAAGAGUGGGGUUCCAGUCAUUCCAAGUCAGUGUUCUAGAACUCCAUUGCUAUCAAAUACCAGUAGCUAUUGCGACGUCGGCAUUAGAAUGUUCAGUUAAGAACAUUAUAAUCACAUAUUUUGUCAUCUUACACCGUAAAGGGUUAAACUCCCACAGUCCACUGACAGCUCUGGUGAAUGUGCGCACGCCUCACACAAACUGGUUCAGACGAGGACAAUCCCACCCCCCCAACCCCUC